AUGAUCUUCGACGAAAACCUCCCCCCACAACAUUCUCUCAAUGCCAACAUCUAUACAAUCAAAAUGCUCACCCGAAGACCAGGGUCUCCAUACUUUACUCUAUGGUUCAUGGUCUCCACAUUCACUCCAAUCAUGUCUGCUUGCGUCGGACCCCUCGCAAAUAUGAUUUCUAUCGGUGCCAUUGUAGACCCUUGGCGUAAUGAUCCCUCAGGCUCUCACAAAAUCCCAGAUAGUGGUUGGGUCCUCGGCCUCAAUAUUGCAUCUCUAAUCAUUGGCUUUGCAGCAAACAUUUUAUUAGUCCUUAACUUUACCGGUAAACUUCGAUAUGCCAUUGCCCAAGUCGGGUCCACGGCGUUAUGGUUGAUGGCUUCCAUAGUUCUCUCAGCAACACUCAUUGCAGCAUGGUGCACUGGCUACUUUGAUGGAUAUGAGCGUUCUGGUGGCUUCUAUCUAGGCUGCUUCACAAGCGGUCUUUACUUUGUAUGCUUCUGCUUGUUAGCAGUCAACUACGGAGGAUACUUACUAGGUGAGUAUGAUGCUACCUUCAAUCUAGACCAGUCUCAACGUGGUCUCAUGAUUCAUACUGUCAUGCUAGGUGCAUGGUUAUGUAUUGGUCCAGGUAUGUUUAUGCAUCUUGUCAGUUCUGGGCCCUGGGAUUCCUAUGCAACCAGUUUAUACUACACCAUCAUUCUUGUAACCACCAUUGGUCUUGGAGAUGUACUUCCAAAAAAUAAUGCAGGAAGAGCUUUAUCACUGGCCUAUGCCUUUUUCGGCGUCCUCGAGCUUGGUCUUAUCAUUUCGUGGCUGCGUCAGUUUGUGCUUUCCAACAUUGGGCCAACCUUAUUUUGGCACCGCCUCGAACAAUCCCGUCAAAAGGCUAAAAGGGCACUAGAAGAACAUAAUGUUAUUUUAAAUGGCCGCCAAUCAUUUGAACUUAUUUCCCGUCUGCGGUCCCGCUGUGAAAUAAUUCAAAAGCUUAGAAGCGUUUUUUUUACUCUGGGAUUUUAUACCAUUUUCUGGCUAAUGGGGGCUCUUGUUUUCACCUAUGUUGAGGAUUGGACUUAUUUCAUCAGUGUUUAUUUUGCCUUUUUGUGUCUAAUCACUAUUGGUUUUGGUGAUUUUGCUCCUGAAACCGCUCUGGGCCGCGCCUUUUUCGUUGUGUGGUCACUUUCCGCUGUUCCAAUGAUGACCAUGUUAAUCACCUCAGUUGGUGAUGCCAUGUUUGCAAUUGCCUCUCAUAUGGAUGAAUUCUUGAGUUCUGUAACUGGCUUAAAACAACAAUUUUAUGUAGCUGAAGAUGCCAUGAUUGAGGCCCAUUGGUUUAAAAGAGAACUUGAUACGGCCCGUGAUGAGGAAGAAGCCCUAGAAGGGUUAAGUCGUAUUUAUACUCCUAACGGUAAAAUCAGGCAGUCCCUGCAUCGCCAUCUCCCUAAACCCCAUCUACAAUCUCGCCGGUCUUCCAAAAAUUAUUAUAAAAAUUAUAAGAAUCGUCAUCAUAAUAAUAAUAAUAAUAAUAAUAAUAACACUCGAGAAAGUCACCACACUCUUCGGGAAGCAGUUCCUGAGAUUCUGCGAGCAUUAUCACCUGGCCGUACUUUAAGAGCAAUUUCUAGUAUUGUGAGUGAGGACCGGAUCCGUGAAGAUAUUGAGGAGGAGCAACGGGAGGAGCAGGCGUUACGGAAGGAAGAACAUAUGCGGGUGCAUGGACGCGGUAGUAGGAGUCGGAACAACUCGGUUUUGGUGGGUGGUGAUCAAAUUGGGAGAAAUGAAAGAAACCAAGAAGAAGUAGAAGUAGAAGUAGAAGGUGAUGAUAAUGAAGGACGCGGAGACAAUGAAGAAGAAGUAGAAGAAGAGGAAGAAGAAGAAGAUAAUGAAGAUAAUGACGAAAAUGGAAACGAAAGUCUAGAUCGAAUCCAAUCACAAGCAUCUCCAGGAACGGGAGGGGUUGGUAAUCACAGUGGUGGUGAUGGAGGUAAUGACAGCAGUAGCAGUUCAGACUCGGAAGAACGCAUGAUUCUCAACCAUAUUGUCAUGGAUGCGGAAGAAUAUCGCCGAGAAAGUGUGCGGAUAGUUGACAUGUUGCUUGCAAGCAUUAACAAUGACCCCAACAAGGUUCAUUCGUUUGAAGAAUGGGCUGCCAUGUAUUAUCUUUUAGGCGAAGAUCCCAUGGAACCCAUGUUAUUUUUAAGUGAUCAUUCGCCAUUACGAUUCCCAUUAAAAGAGGGCAAUUACAUGAUGAACCGUGUAAUGCGGGACCUUGAAAAUCGAGUUGAUUUAUCAGACGAACCCGUGUCUUUACAAUUGGGAGGGGAUAGUCGUGCAGGAUCAAUUAGAAGAAGAAGACCGCGGAGUAUAGUUAGAUCUUCUCGUGCAUCACAGGUCUCGAUCCAUGCGCGCGACCGGUCCCAGUCCCCACGACAAGUUUUGGAAGCUGAGAAGCCUUCUAGUCCAGUUACCAGAGUAUCUUCCUCUUCACCUUCAUCAUCAUCUACUUCUUCUUCUUCUUCAUCAUCAUCAUCGUCUAAUUCAUCUUCUUCAUCAUCUACAUCUUCUUCACAACGCCCCGAGAGCUGUCCGCAUUGCUCUGGAACGUGCACCUGCGGCUGCCGUUUGUCUUCUUCUGCCGCCGGGGUACCGCCGCACAGUACCAGCUAG